AUGUCGACCGGCGCGCGCAGACGAGGCAUUCGACUUCCACAACCAGAUUCUCCAGGAAAUGGGAGUGGUCCAGAUGGACUCUCCCCGCGCUCGUUGACGCCAGACCCAACACACGACAGCACCGUCGGUGACGAGGACCCGCGCUCCGUGUCCCGCUCGUUCCCAGCUGCCUCUGGCCCGCCAGAACCAGAAUAUAUUCACAACAUUGCCUGCGUCGCCAUUACCGCAAUCGCUUUUGCUUUGCGCUUUUACAAAAUCAACCAUCCUGACCAAGUCGUCUUUGAUGAAGUUCACUUUGGAAAGUUUGCCGCCUAUUAUAUCCUCCGCGAAUACUACUUCGACGUUCACCCUCCUUUUGCAAAACUCCUCCUCGGGCUGGCAGGCUGGUUCGUUGGAUUCGACGGUCGAUUUGAAUUCGAGGCCAUCGGUGAUUCGUACUCGCAGCAUCACGUCCCCUAUGUCGGAAUGCGUGCCAUGCCAGCAGUCUUUGGUAGCUUGACGGUCCCAGUCGUUUAUCAAAUCAUGAAGGAAUGUGGAUUCCCCGUCGUUAUUUGCACAUUUACUGCCGCGCUCAUCGCCCUUGACAACGGUCACAUCGUACAGACAAGGCUCAUUCUUCUUGAUGCUGCAUUGAUCUUUUUCAUCGCACUUUCCUUGUAUGCCUACAUUCGCUUCCGCAAAGUCCGAUACUCCGAGUUCUCGCGAGCUUGGUGGGGAUGGAUGGUUGCAACUGGUGUAUUCCUCGCUUGCAGUCUUGGCUGCAAGAUGGUCGGCUUGUUCACCUUUUUCACAAUCGGCACGGCUGUUCUUGUCGACUUGUGGGAUAUCCUUGACAUUAGGAAAAAGUAUCCAAUGGACGUUGUGCUCAAGCACUUCUUCGCACGAGCGCUUGGACUGAUCGUAGUACCGUUCAUCGUCUACUCGUCCUUCUUCUGGGUUCACUUUAAAGUCUUGUCUCACUCGGGAACCGGUGACAGUUUCAUGUCGCCUGAGUUCCAAGAAUCAUUGUCAGGAAACGAGUUGCUCAUGAAGUCGCAUGAAAUCCGCUACUAUGACACCGUUACUCUCAAGCACAAGGAUACCAAAGUCUUUUUGCACUCUCACAAGGAGAGAUACCCGCUCAAGUACAAGGAUGGACGUAUUAGUAGCCAAGGUCAACAAGUCACUGGCUACCCUCACGAGGAUCUCAACAACCAAUGGCAAGUUAUCCCGUCCAAGGCCAUCCCAGAGACUGGACGAGGACGCGUUGUUCGCCACAACGAUGCCGUUCAGCUGUUGCACAUCAGUACCCAAAGCUACCUCUUGACGCACGACGUUGCGUCGCCAACGAUGCCCACGAAUCAAGAAGUUACCACGAUUGCCAAGGAAGAUGCCAGGAGCAGAUACAAUGAGACACUCUUCACCAUUGACAUUAUCAACGGUCAUCCUGGUCAGCCAUGGAAGAGCAAGGCCAGCCACUUUAGGCUCGUCCACGUUCCGACCAAGGUCUCCAUCUGGACUCAUCCCAAGGCGCUCCCUGAAUGGGCUUUCAAGCAGCAAGAGGUGAACGGAAACAAAAACUCGGAGGAGCGAACGGCCACGUGGUUCGUUGACGAUAUUGUGAUUCCAGCUGAGGACGAGGACCUUUUCAGCCGCGAAGGUGGACCGAAGGAAAAGGUUGUCAAGAAGAUGAACUUUUUCCGCAAAUACGCAGAACUUCAACUUCUCGCUCUCCAGCAUAACGCUGGUUUGACGGCCUCUCAUCCCUAUGCGAGCGGUCCCAUCAACUGGCCAUUCUUGCUCAGCGGUAUCUCAUUCUGGACCAACAACGAGAAGCUCCAGCAGAUUUACAUGGUCGGAAACGUUUUCGGCUGGUGGACUUGCGUCGUUGCGCUCUCGGUAUUUACUGGAAUCAUCGGGGCUGACCUGUUGGCGCGUCGUCGAGGCAUCCAGCCCAUUCCCGAGUUUGUCCGUAAUAGGCUCUGGAACUCUACUGGCUUCUUUUUCAUCGCCUGGGCAUUCCACUACUUCCCCUUCUUCCUGAUGAACCGCCAGCUGUUCCUGCACCACUACCUUCCUGCACACCUCUGCUCUGUCCUCGUGACGGGUGCCGUCUUCAACUUUAUCGCUGGUGAAUCUAUCAAUUACCCCAUCUCGGUGCCCGGUCCAGGCAUGCGUCGGAUGCCUACGGCUCGCUCCGAUGUGGGAAUGAAGGCUGUCAUUGCCGCGGUGCUCUAUGCGAUCCCGUAUCUGGCCAUGUUCUUCUUCCUCGCUCCGCUCACCUACGGAACUCCUGGUUUGAAUGGAGACCAGGUCAACCGUCGCCUCCUCCUUCCUUCCUGGACGCUUCACUUUGCGGGCAAGGCCACCACAUCGUAA